UUUUGUUCGUUGCAUUGUGGGAUUUCAAAUUCAAAAUGGCGAACGGAUUUGGCAGAGGAGAACCCGAAAGGGGCCGAAAAAGCAUGGGAAUAGACGUGAAAGUUAUUGUUAUGUUCGCUGUAUUGGGAUUCGCUACGAUUCUCCAAUUAGCGGCGUUGAUUUCGGACAGCUGGGUUCGCACAGCGACGGAUGCAGAUGGCACUGUGGGUUCGAGUGGUCUGUGGAGAAUCUGUCCCGAUUAUGCGGGCAUUGAUAGCUGUCGGGCCUUUGUGUGGACCGAUAACCAAGUUUCACAUUGGUUUCGAACAGUACAGACCUUUGAAGUAGUAGGCUUUCUGUUCGGAUGCUCGGCUCUGUUUAUGAUGGCCUUGUAUCACCUGGUAGAAACCUGCAUGGAAAAUACACGACUGAAAAUGUGCUCCAUGGCUUUGCUUGUAGUUGCUUUCAUGCUGGUGUUUAGUGGAGCCGUAGUGGUGGCCUCUCUGAAGGAUGCUCAGAAAGCAAUAUAUUUGCCGGACACGUACGUUAUGCCGUCCUGGGGGUUUGCAUUCGCCAUCGUGGCUUCCAUCGUGUACCUUGUGGGCUGUGUGACCAUCGUCAUAAGUAAUUGAAGCAUCCCGUUGUUGUGAUCAGAGACUCAUAAGCAAUAUCUUUUGUUGACUUUAUUACAAUCUGCAGCUCUCUAUUUUACGGCUUGUAUGUUAUACCAGUGCUCUGACAGUAUCCUCAGAUCUGCUACCUUUUGCUGUUGUUACUCAGUAAUUUUCUCAAGAUUGUGUUAACCCUUUACUACUCACAUAUGCAUUUUGACCCAUUUAAAGUCCCUUAGAAAAUCAAAAUAAAUUAAAUACUUUUUUUAAUACAAAAUUGUUUUAAAGACUUCAUUCCCAAAAAAAAACAAAAACAGCAUAAAACCUGAACAGACUGCGAGUUACUCUAGACUGCCUAUUGGCAGAAAUGUGAAUAUCUGUGUCAUUCCUUUAAGUAUUUAAGUUAGCCUUUAAUAUCCUCUUGGAAACACAUGUAAUAAAACUGAUAAUUAUUUUUAUAGUACACUCUUUAACCUUCUCACAACAGAUAAUUAUAGUUUUCUUGAACAGCAUUUGUGUUACUAUUUAGAAUAUAUCAUAUAUAUAUAUAUAUAUAUAUAUAUAUAUAUAUAUAUAUAUAUAUAUAUAUAUAUAUACCGGUACUGACCAAAAUUUCAUUCCAUGUAUCUAAUGGUAUACCUACAUGUAUAUAAUGGUUCUUUGCUUGGAUUAUUUGUGCAACUUUAAAGUUCAUUUACAAUUUAUCAUAUGAUCUUACCAUACCAAAAUUCCAUUCCAUGCAUCGUGUGUAAAAUGUAUAUAGAGACCAAUGUAAAUAUAUCACAUUAUCAAUUGAAGCAGGAAAAAUAUGACAUAUUUCAUCCAUAUAAAACUUUGGUAUUAUCAAUUGCUGUGGAUUCUAAAUGUAUAUCACAUGAAUGUUAAUGUACUGUCAUUUCAUUUUAAAAUGUUACUUGAGAAUAACACAAAUAUGUUUUUAGUAGUGAUCAUUAUUGUGAAAAAUUAUAGAUUAAUAUAGUUUCUUGAUUAUUUCUUUAAAAGCUAAUCAUUAUGGGACAAAUCAGGAUGUAUGGAAAGUAUCUUUUUUGAAAAAAACAACAACAACAGAUAUGAAAAAUCUCUAUAAUUCUAAUAUUUUAUGAACAGUAAUUAAUUAAAGAAUAAAAACACUUGAAAAUUAUUUUUUUAUUCCUCUUAGCCAAUUACAAAUUAGCUAUCUUCACUCAUUUGCUUACAUUGUAUAUAAUGCCACAUUAAUAUAAGCUGAUCAAUGUCAUUGUGUACAUAUGUCAAAUAUAUUUGAGAACUGCACAUUGAUUGUACAUCUUUUCGUUUUAACCUUUAUAAAGUAUUUUUAUAACAUUUUAUGUAUAUAUAUAAUAAAUAUAUAGCAGCUA